UUUUAGAAGUGUCGAUAACAGUUGUCUCCCUUACAAUGGUUUAGCAUCUAUUUGGAAAAAUGAGUUAGGAUAAUUAAAGCAAGAAAAAUGAGUAGUAGCAGAGGGAGAAAGCUUAAGCCAAAAAGCAUUAGUCCUACUACGGUCACUCCCUCCAAGAAGAGACGCCCUAGCACACCAGCUGUAGCACCAGCUCCAGUGACCAUUAAAGUUGAACCAGAAGAGGAGAUAGCUCCAACAGCCAGCCGUGAAGACAGUCCUGCUCCUUUAGAAUGUCUGGAUAAAAUUCCUGUGUUUAAAAAUAAAAAUUUUGUGCAUUCCUGUGUAGGUAAUAGUGGAACAAAGAAAACAAGAGUUUGGAAAAAUCUCAAGCAAAUCAUUGCAACAGAGAAAACACAACCAUGGAGACCGGAUGAUGUCACAUAUAACUCCAUAGAUGCUCCUCCAUCUUUCAAACCAGCUAAGAAAUACUCAGAUCUCUCAGGACUUGCUGCAAGCUACACAGAUCCACAAACAAAACUGAGAUAUGCUACCGCCGAAGAAUAUUCUAGGAUAAGCAUGAUGCCCAGUGACCUAGUUAGUGGUUGUCUAGCAUUAAGGAAAGCUAAUGCCCCUGUGCCUUGAAUAAUAAACUUUGAAUGGUACAAAUGUGUAAAAACUGUGAUAUUGCGGUAAACAGCUGUAUUACGAACUUGUAAAAAGUUGGGUAAUAUGUAAAACCAACCAUGACCAUGGAUAAAAAGUAAAUAAAAUGUGUACUUAUGUUAACAUUCUGUGCAAAAACUUAGUAAUAUGAAAUUAUCUUCAUAGUUCAGUAAAUGUCAGACAUAUAAAA